CGAAAACGUGGUCGUGCGAGAGGUCAGAGUUACGUCCCCUUACUUGCCGGCGUGAAAACAAAACAUGUGUUGACAGUGAGUCUUUCCCUCGUUUUAUAGUACGAUCACUGGUGUCCAGCCGAAAUAAUGACAUCUAUCAUCAAGCUACAUGUAUUCUCGGGGUCACAAGGAGAGAGCCCGCCCUGCUACAUGCUGCAAGUGGAUGAGUUCCGCUUCCUCCUUGACUGUGGCUGGGAUGAGGACUACAGCAUGGACCACAUCCGAGAACUCAAACGCCACCUUCACCAGAUAGAUGCAGUGUUGUUGUCAUAUCCUGACCAGCAACACUUGGGUGCAGUCCCAUACCUCGUGGGCAAAGCUGGUCUCUCCUGCCCCAUAUACUCAACUAUUCCAGUGUACAAGAUGGGGCAAAUGUUCAUGUAUGACCUGUUCCAGUCUCGUCACAACACUGAAGACUUUGAUAUGUUUACAUUGGAUGAUGUGGAUGCUGCCUUUGACAAGAUCAUUCAGUUGAAGUACUCACAAACUAUCACACUCAAAGGCAAAGGCCAUGGUCUGCAGAUAACGCCCCUAGCUGCAGGUCACAUGAUCGGAGGCACAAUAUGGAAGAUCGUCAAGGAUGGGGAGGAGGAGAUUGUGUAUGCUGUAGACUACAAUCACAAGAAAGAAAGACAUUUAAAUGGCUGCGUGCUGGAGAUGUUCAACAAGCCGUCGCUGAUGAUCACUGAUUCUUUCAAUGCAACAUACAACCAACCUAGGAGACGGCUAAGAGAUGAACAGCUCAUGACCACUAUCCUACAGACAAUGAGGAAUGAUGGGAAUGUUUUGGUUGCUGUGGAUACAGCAGGAAGAAUGCUGGAACUUGCACAGUUACUGGAUCAGAUGUGGAGGAGUGCUGAGUCAGGCCUCUCACCCUACUCCCUUGCUCUCCUCAACAAUGUCAGCUUUAACGUGGUCGAGUUUGCCAAGUCACAGGUGGAAUGGAUGAGUGACAAGAUCAUGCGAGCGUUUGAGGACAACCGCAGUAACCCAUUCCAGUUCAAGCACCUCAAACUGUGCCACAACCUGGCGGAGUUGGCCAGAGUGCCGGAACCUAAGGUUGUUCUUGCCAGCACCCCUGACCUACAGUGUGGCUUCUCAAGAGACUUGUUCACAGCAUGGUGUACCAAUGCCAAAAACAGCAUCAUCCUGACCAACAGAACCUCUCCUGGGACACUGGCUCGAUGGCUGAUAGACAACCAGCAGAACAAGACUGUCACUAUGGAGGUGAGACGACGGAUCCGUUUGGAUGGACCUGAACUAGAAGAUUACAUGAAGAAAAAACAGGAGAAGAAAGCUCAAGAAAAACUCAAGAAGACAGAGCUGUCUAAGUUAGAUCUGGCUGAUGAGUCGAGUGAUGAAAGUGAAGCAGAGAUGGAGGUAGAGGCCUAUGGCAGCAAACCUGGAAAGGGCAAGCAUGACCUCAUGAUUCAAGGGGAGGGAAAGCAAAGGAGUGGUUUCUUCAAGCAAGCCAAGAAGUCCUACCCGAUGUACCCUUUCCAUGAAGAAAAGAUUAAAUGGGAUGAGUAUGGAGAAAUCAUCAGACUGGAAGAUUACACAAUACUUGAUGUGGUGGCGCCUGACGAGGACAUGGCCACGAAUGAGACGGCAACUGCUGAUGACACAAUGCAAGAUGUCUCUGAUGUUCCAACAAAGUGCAUCUCCUCCAAUGUGACGCUUGAUAUUAACGCCAGUGUACUCUACAUAGACUUCGAGGGCCGAUCUGAUGGUGAAUCAGUUCGCAAAAUAUUAAGUCAGAUCAAACCAAAACAGCUGGUGCUGGUGCGAGGGUCAUCGGAGGCCACUGAUGCGCUUGCAGACUACUGCAAGUCCCAGUCAAUAGUCCAGGGCAACAUAUUCACCCCCAGGGUGGGCGAGGUGAUUGAUGCUACAACAGAAAGUCACAUCUACCAGCUGAGGAUGAGAGACCACCUGGUCACCUCCCUGAUGUUUUCUAAGGCCAGGGACAUCGAGCUGGCCUGGAUAGAUGGCUAUCUCAACAUGUCCACUGACAAGACAGAUACUGGCGCUAUGUUUGAGAUCGAGGAAGGCGAUGCCAUUGACCAAGAGAAGCGCAGACUUAAAGCCUUAGAGGAUGAGAAGGAAGCUCAGGAUCUGAUCCCUACACUGGAAUCCUUCCCUCCGACUCAGGUCCCAGUGCACACCUCGGUGUUCAUCAAUGAGCCCAAGUUGUCCGACUUCAAGCUGGUGCUGCUUCAAGAAGGAAUCCCCUGCGAGUUUGUGGCUGGAGUGCUCAUCUGUAACAAUGCUGUGGCAGUCAGGAGGAACGAGGCUGGGAGGAUACAGCUAGAGGGUGCUCUCUGUGACGACUACUACGUGAUCCGGGAUCUGUUGUACCAGCAGUACGCCAUUGUGUGACAAUGUUUUCUGUCACUGACCCAUGAUAUGUGUAAAACUGUUCUCAGUCCACAAAGUGAUCUUAGUGCUUAGACGAUCGUAACUCCCAUACUUUAUCUUAGGCUUACGACAAUCAAUGUGUUAAGAUCACUUUGUGAAACGAGGUCAUGGUCACUUGGUCGUCACCAUCAGAUACAGUACUUCCAAAUCUGCAUGAGAAACUGGUUCACCUGACCUCGAGGUCAUUUCUUUCUGACAAAGAAUGAUUCCCGGUACUUGCAAUUGGUUGUACAACUCCUUAUAUGUGAAGCAGUUCUAUUUCUUUUUCUUUUUCUUUUUCUGAUGACCAUGAAUUAAUUUUUUCAGAAGUAUUAAAACAUACUUCAUCUUUCCUACAGCACAAUGUACAUGUUAUGGUUUUAUGACUCGGGGGGAAAUGAUUGCAUUCUGGUACAGUUUCAGACAAUGAGUGGGGUAAUGUAAAACUUUAGACAUUUGCAUGUUAAUCAAAUGUUAUCACUGGUGUCCAUCUGGGCUAAUGUCUUUAAAUGAUUCUUCACAGCAUGGAGUCACGAGAUUCACUGUUACAGUUCGUAUGUCGUUUGUGGCAAACUUGUCCUUCCUGUAUGACAGUAAAGCAUAACUACCACAACUGCAUCUCAACAGACAUAAUCAAAACAUCCUUAGUAUACUGCAUAUGAAUUCCUCAUUUUCAUCAAGUCAUUUUUGUGAACUGUGUAUAUAAAUCAUUGACACUGUCACCACAGGAUGAAGAAUUAUGGUGUCCAGAACUUGAAUUACACUUCAUGUACGCAUCUUCAUAGACCGCCAUUUGUUACGCCAUCAUUCAUCACUCGAUAGUUGUUAUGGUGACAGACAACUUUUGCGUCAGAUUGUAAUUUUGAAACCUGAAAAGAAUAAAUUUUACACAGGUUAUAAUC